UGUAAACAAACUGGAAUGGUAGUCCGUAACUAAGGAGAAAUCGGUGGGCAUGACACGUUUGCGGCAUUUUCGAGAAUUCUCUUCGUGUUAACGAACAUCACACGUGAUUAACCAAGUCCACACAUGAUGUAGCCUGAAUCCGUGUGGCAGCCGAUGCUAGCUGUCGAGAGGGCCCUUGGCCCAUCGCACUUGGAUCCGCGUGGCAUGAAUCGCUACGUCACUCUCGGACAAUUGGGCGAUGGCACUUACGGGUCUGUUGUCCUGGGUCAGCGUCUCGACACAGGAGAGAAGGUUGCCAUUAAGAGGAUGAAAAAGAAAUAUUACUCCUGGGACGAAUGCAUGAACCUUAGGGAGGUCAAAUCCCUGCAAAAACUGAGCCAUGCCAACCUAGUUAAGCUGAAAGAAGUCAUCAGAGAGGACAACACCCUGUACUUUGUGUUUGAGUACAUGAAGGAAAACCUGUACCAGCUCAUCAAAGACAGAGAGAAGCCAUUUCCAGAACCCGUGAUACGGAACAUUCUCUACCAGAUAUUCCAGGGCCUAGCAUUCAUGCACAAGCACGGAUUCUUCCACCGUGACAUUAAGCCUGAGAACCUGCUCUGCAUGGGACCAGAACUAAUCAAGAUAGCAGACUUUGGUCUGGCAAGGGAGAUCCGUUCGCGACCACCGUACACAGACUAUGUUUCCACUCGCUGGUAUCGGGCUCCCGAGAUCCUGUUGCGGUCGACCAAUUACAGUUCUCCCAUUGACAUGUGGGCAGUGGGAUGCAUAAUGGCCGAGCUGUAUACUCUGCAGCCCCUCUUUCCGGGACGAAGCGAGAUCGAUCAGAUCUUUCGGAUAUGUUCCGUCCUAGGAACCCCAGACAAGCGUGACUGGCCGGAGGGCCACCAGCUAGCAGCGGCCAUGAACUUCCGGUUUCCACAGUUCUCCGAGAUGCCUUUAGCCAGCAUCGUGCCGAAUGCUGGCAAGGAUUCUGUCGUGCUUCUCCGCGAUCUGUUGAGGUGGAAUCCGGCGCGGAGACCUACAGCAGUUCUGGCGCUGCGGUACCCAUAUUUUCUGGCGAGUCAGAGGGGUGCAGGACCGAUGGCACAUUACUACCAGAACGGCGCCACCCAGCACCGCCAGCAGAACAACGGCCACAUGAGGCACGCGCACUACGGCAACAACCUAUCAGGAAGAGAGCCGCACAGCUUGCCCGCGGCUUAUGAACAACAAGACGUGAAGUUGCACGCAACUCGACGGUGGUCGAAAGUCUCUUCCUGGGACGACGUGUCCGAGGCUGGCGAGCUGCCAGGUGGAGACGAAAUAUCGGACUUCGAAGAGAACUCGGAAAGGAAAGGCAAGCCAAGCCAUGCAUGGCCACUGGAUCAUCAAGACUCAAUAGCUGGAACAAACCAGAAUGGGCUUUCUGCCAAGCAGCGCUACAUGAGCACGGCACACUACAUAGCGGGGCAAAACACCCGGGUCACCAACUACCAGGAUUCCUUGCAGAAGAAUAUGGAUGCGUCUUAUUCCUCUAUAGGAAAAGGCUCGUACAACCUGAGUUACCUUCCUGUGGUGUAUGCCAGAGACUCGGCCAAGGCGAAGGAUACGGCGUCGGCAGUCCGGAUGCCCUCCGACUUUCCAGGAAGGACGGACUGGGCUGCAAAGUAUCUCAAGUGAAAUGAAGCGGCCCUCGUGAACGAAAACAACUCCUGUGUGGAUGCCAAACUAAAGAAUGUGACAUUGGUGUCGCCCGUAGUCGUCAGCGUAUGCUCCAAGGUGGCUCUAUGCGCCUGUCCUCUGCGGCCCAGUGUACAAGAAUAAACUGCAUCGCCGGUGUACAUAACGACAUUGCUGUUUUUCUUUUUAUUGUGUGUGGACAAAAAUGUCAAAAUAUAGAACUGCACACUGUG